AUGGCGUGGGGGAAACCAACCCCUCGUGGUGUGUUGGGAGACAACGAUGAGAACAAGAGAAAAGAAGGAGACGACGAAAACGUGAUGAAAUCCUCCGUAGUCUCCUUGAUUGAAAAAAACGACCCGACUGUCCGCGCGAUAACUAUUUUCCGGGGAAGAAAUUUCACGGGCGCGAGAGAAACAACCGCCGUCGGUCUCGCCUUGGAAAAGAAUCAAUUCGUGAAAGAGUUUUACAGCUCAGGACACGAGAUGACGAGAGAAACGGCGGAGAUUUUAGGGAGGAGCUUUUCGAAAAUGAAAUCGUCUCUGGAAAGCAUUUGCGUCGGAGACGAACGGUUUGGCGGCGGCGGUGGGAGGGGGAAUAACGAUGAUGGUGGUCAGAAAGAUGAUGAUGCUGAUGGUGAUGAAGAUGCCUUUGAAGUGUUUCUUUCAUACGCGAAAGAACUCGACGGGUUGCGAAAGUGGGAUUUAGAAAAUAAAGGAUUGACGAAGAAAUCGCUGGGAAAAUUAUCAGACGCGUUUCAAUCCGAGAAGUUUAUAAGAUUAGAGGAGUUGAUAUUGAAUAGAAACGAGAGUCUGAGCGAUAGAAGUAGGAGUAGCGACGAUACGAGCGCGACGACGACUAAUAAGGCACCGACGGCGAUGGAAAGACUUUUUCAGAGUGGCGCGAUACGUCAAAGAGUCAAGACGCUUGAAAUUUCGGAUAUAUCUUUGGGAGAGGCGAGCAUAUCUGCACUCGCGGAGGAGUUAAAAGGAAAGUGUAGCUUAGAAGUGUUCAAAUUUACAAACGGUAGGCUGGAGUGUUUUCGUUUGAAGGAGUUGGAUGACGACGACGGCGUCGAAGAAAAGAAAAAUGAAAGUGAGACGGACGACACCGCUGCCGACGAGAGCGAAAAGAAAGAAAAAGGCAAGAAAAAGAAAGAAGAAAGAGACAAGGCGACAACGGCGAUGAUGAACGAGCUCGGCGAAGGGUUCGUAAAUAUCAAAUCUUUGAAACGAGUCACCUUGGAUGGGACGAAAGUUGGCGCCUACGAACUUUUGAAAGGCAUCUCGAGAGCAAAGAGAACGAAUAAAAGUGAGAAAAGUAACGUCGUAGAAAUCUCGCUCGCAAAUUGCGCACUAAACGACGACAACAGUAAAACAAACGCCGUCGUGGGAUUUCUCUUGAGCGAUUUCGCAGAGUCGGUUGAGAUUGUAAAUCUGAAUGGAAACGCUCUCGGCGACUGGAAAGUUGCGCAACUCGCAGGUGCUAUUCAAGGAGGUUUUUGUCAAAAUAUGCUCGAAAUAGACAUCGGUGGUAACGACCUGAGCGAUGCAACUAUUUUGAAACGUUUGCUAUUUGGAAAAACGAAGAUUAAAAGACUCUCGUGUUUUGAGAACGUAAACUUACUGAAAUCGAAAGAAAACGUCGGGAAACUCUUCGAGGACGCCGAAACUCUUUCAGCCGGCAGCAGUCCAUGCGAAUACCUAGACGUUGGUGCGUGCGGUAUGGAACUCGAAGAGCUGACGUUGUUCGCAGAGUCCAUCAGAAAACACAAAUCAGCCUUCGUAAAUCUAAAAACGUUAGUUCUCGGCGGUAAUCCUGGCGCUUGCGCUUUAGGCGACGCUUUCGAAAACGAACUAAAGCUUUUAAAAGAGAGCAUGUCCAGUCUCGACAUCGCGUGGAAAGCGAACGAUUCCGGAGAUAUCGAUAAGUUCAAGUAG